GCGCAUGUUUCCGCUCUCAAGGACAUUUAUGGGUUUCAGGCUUUUGUGAUGUUGUGAUAUCUACCGAUGUAAAUGUCCGAUCUUUCUUAUAACUUGUGGUGAUAGUUUAUGAGUUAACUUUAUUCACGUCAUGAUUUGUAUGUGCCAAAAAAGCAUACUGGUAAUCAUGUUUACGAUAGAAGCCGACAAGUUGGUGGUUACCCAGUCUGACGAAAGUGGCAAAAAGUGGGCAUGUACAGUAGUAAAAAGAAAUAGGCGACAUAAUUUUACCCUCUCUUGUCCCACAUUUGUCCAGUAUCCAACUUUGAACACCAUCGAAAUAUUGUUUUUUGUGAUCUAAGCAAUACUUUACCAAAAUGUAGCCAGUAUUUUCCACCAUCUGGUCAAGAUUUGCACAUUAAUUCAUCACUUAUCACUGCCCUAAAAUCUGCGCAAAUUUUAAUCAUUAUUUAACCAAUUUUCGCCAGUUUUUGCCCGACUGCGUACCGGUUUUCCUACGAUGAAACGGUCUGAAUAUUCACUACUGAAAAUUUCCAAUCACCUCUCAAAAUCAUUUUGCAUUGUUUUUCAGUCGUUGAUACUGUCGGAUUUUAUUUUGCGCUGUCAUCUUGGGACAAUUUUAGCCGCGUUGUGCAGGGCUUUCGCAGUACUGUAAGCUUGGUAGGCCUAUCUUAGUUAACAGUGCAAACAGACACGUGAAAUUUAUGCAAGAAUGUGCCAUGGCGUAGGCUACAAACUAAUGGCUGCCAGGAGACUUCAGUGAAGUGAUUGAAGAAAUGCCAUAUGUAAAAGAUGAAUGAUAUUUGUUUGGGGUUAACUGUAAAAUAAAUGCUGGGAUACUGAAGUAAACGACCUUCUGAGUGGUCCUGGAAGGAUCAAGAAAAACAUCUACGUUAGCUAAAAGUUAACCACUCAAGCGGUAAAGACCAAUACAGAAGUGAAAUGAAGAGUUAAAUGUUUGUAUUCAUAUACCUAUGUGCCUGGUACUGGGCUCCAUAAUCUCUGCUUACAUACUUUAUUGAGGAAUGAUAUCCUGGCUACAGAGUAAAAAUAAUCUCUGGUGCUUCUCAGUUGUUCAAUUCUAAAUACGUGGAGCAUUUCCUACUGCUCCUUUCAAGAUUAUAAAAAUAUAAUAACAUCAGUACAAAUCACCUCACUGUAUGUCUAGUAGUUAUCGGGCUUGGUCGACAUAAACACUCAUCAGGACGGUUACACUCAAUGUUUGCUACCUUUUCUAUGCAUAGAGUGAGUCUUUGCAUUUUACCGACGUCAAGUCUUCGUGCACCACAACUCCUGUGUAAAAGAAACCUUCUAUCACACAGUCGUCCAACAAAUCUAGAAUUGAUUGGUCACCUUCAAGAUGCAUCGGAGUCUUAUGUACCUGGACAAAUGUUUUUACACAAACAUUUCGGUUAUCGUGGUAUCAUACUGCAGUGUUGGAAGGGAAGAUUAUUUGAUCGAAAUCUGCAGUUCAUAGAAGCAGUAGAACAGAAAUUUCCGGAAUUCAGGAAGAAAGAUGAAUCCAAAGUCAAUGUAUAUCAAGUCUUAACUGAUCAGAGGGAUAUUGAAUUAUGUAAUUGUGCUCUUAAACCUGGGAUUACCUUCCUACCAGAUGAUAAACGGGCUUUUAACGCCAUUUAUAUAGUUUCAGAAAUGGAUUAUGUUUUUCACGAUGACAUUAUUCCAUAUGUUCCUCAGGACGCCUUGCCGAUUCGAAAUGAAUACAUGAGUGAAUUCCUAAUUUCUGCUCCAGACAGAGACCCCCCAUUUAUGCCGACGGACCAUCUCAGACGCUGGGUCGAAGCUCGUAAGCGAAGUUUAGAAGUCACAUCAGUGCAUCGCGAAGUUACAGAAAAUAUUCGGAUAACAGUGUUACCCUUCUACAUGGGUCGCCGAAUAACAGGGAAUAAUAAAGAAAAUGAUAUUCGCUACGUAAGUUUGAUUUCAGAACACUUUUCUUUGUGAAUGCUGAUUGCUUGUGGUGAGAAACUGUCGGAAUCGAUGCCAAAUCUGGAAUAGUAAACUGUCCUUCCAUAUACCCAGGACUUUUUUAAAUAUACAGAUAUUGUGACUUCACAACUGGCCACAAACUUACAGGGUCAAUUUUCGAACAAUUUUACCUAAAGACAAAGUAAUGUUGUAUCUAAUUGUUCUCGUAUUUUUCAAGUGGCGCUACUUAAUCAGGUUGGA